UUUGUAUUCUUUCUCAUCGCAUUGCAAUGUCUGGACGUGGAAAGCAAGGUGGUAAAGCUCGGGCUAAGGCUAAAACUCGUUCAUCUCGGGCAGGCCUCCAAUUCCCCGUGGGUCGUGUGCACCGUUUGCUGAGGAAGGGUAAUUAUGCUGAACGUGUUGGAGCCGGAGCUCCGGUGUACCUGGCAGCAGUACUUGAAUAUCUGACAGCUGAGAUAUUGGAGCUGGCUGGAAACGCCGCCCGUGAUAACAAAAAGACUCGCAUCAUCCCCCGCCACUUGCAACUAGCUGUGCGUAACGAUGAGGAACUGAACAAGUUGCUAGGUGGUGUCACUAUCGCACAGGGAGGUGUGUUGCCCAAUAUCCAAGCCGUUCUGUUGCCCAAGAAGACCGAUAGCCACAAGCCGACCAAGAGCAAGUAAACUACCUGCACUUUCCUUCCCCUAAAAACAAAGGCUCUUCUAAGAGCCACCCACCAUUUCAUCAAAGAGCUUGACUACUGUUUAAACAAAACAAAAACGUGUAAUAUGUGAAUAAAUGUGUAAGAUUUUUAAUCCGUA